CAGAGGUCGUAAAUACGCCCACAUUUUAUUCCAGCAUGGUGGACUAAAGCAUCGUUGUUUAUUAUUAUCAACCUAGCUAGCGUUUUAUAUACGUGUAUCUUCAUGUGACUGUGUGGGCUUUCAUGGAGUAGAUCCAGGUGGACCUCGUGUUUUAAACAAGGACAUAGAUGUCAGACGACAGAGCCCACCCUUCAACUCUACUGUCGUAAGUUAGCCUGUUGUGCUAAUGUUAGCUGGCUGAUGAUAAGAAUGGAGACUUCUAACGGAAACAACACUAUCAUGGACAUGUUUGAGAAGGGAAAGGUCCUGAAAAUAUGUGCACCAAUGGUUCGAUAUUCAAAGCUUGCAUUCAGGUCCUUGGUGAGGAAAUACGACUGUGAUAUCUGCUUCAGCCCAAUGAUCGUUGCCUCUGACUUCAUGCGAUCUGUCAAAGCCAGGGACAGUGAAUUCACCACCAAUGAGAGUGACCGGCCCUUGAUAGUGCAGUUUGCGGCCCCUGAUGCCCAGACUCUGGCUGAUGCAGCCUGUGUGGUGGCUCCUUUCUCAGAUGGAGUUGACCUCAACUGUGGCUGUCCACAGAGAUGGGCUAUGUCAGCCGGGUUUGGUGCAUGCCUCAUCAACAAGCCUGAACUUGUAAAAGACAUGGUCAGACAUGUCAGAAACCAAGUGGACAAUCCAAACUAUACAGCAUCCAUCAAAAUAAGAAUUCACAAGGACCUGAGGCAGACAGUGGAUCUGUGCCAGAAGGCUGAAUCAGCAGGUGUAUCAUGGAUAACGGUCCACGGCCGCACAGCAGAAGAACGGCACCAGCCAGUCAACUAUGACGCCAUCAAGACAAUCAAAGACAGCGUAUCCAUCCCUGUCAUCGCCAAUGGGGACAUAAAGCACCUCCGUGAUGUGGAGUCCACUUACCAGCUUACUGGUGUCGAUGGUAGGCCCUCACCAGAGAUGACGCUGCAAUGGACUGCUGUGGCUCUCUUCCUCUAUGUGGAGAUCGGCAUCCUUGUCAUCCUCUGUAUACCCUUCAUCUCAGCCAGGAGAUGGCAGAGUAUUUUCCAGCUGAGGAUCUGGAGCUGUGUGGCAAGGUUCUGGAACAAAGUGUUUCUCACUAUGAUCAUAAUACUCGUUGUUCUCUUCCUUGAUGCUGUGCGCGAGGUGAGGAAAUAUUCAGCGAAAGAACUUGGCACAGGCGCCAAGCUGCAACCGAACAUGUUUGAUCACCUCCACAUGAAGCUGUUCAGAGCCCAGAGGAACCUCUACAUCUCUGGCUUCGCUGUCUUCCUCUGGCUGGUUAUGAAGCGAGUGGUCACCUUGAUUAACCAACUAGCAUCAGCGUCUGGCUCUACGGCUGCUUUUCAGGCUCAGGCUGAAAAUGCUACCAAGGCUGCCCAGAAAUACAACGAGGACAACGAGCUGCUGAAACAGACUCUGAUGGAAGGCAAGGGUGAUAAGGCUUCUGCAGAGGGCAUGGAGCUGUUGAGAAAAGAGGUGGAGAAACUGAAAGAAGAAGUGAGGACCUCUGGAGAUGCACUGAAGAACUCUGAGUCAGAGGUCGUGGUAAUGAAGCUGCAGAUGGAUGGCCUCGCCAGGGAGUAUGAGAGACUGCUGAAAGAACAUCAGGAGCUCCAGAAUCUUCAAGAUAGUGGAAACAAAAAAGACGACUAGUUAUGUGAGAUUCUUAAAAGUUGAAGUGUUUACACCGAAAAUGAGCUUAUUCACGAGAGAGCCACUGCAUCACAUGCUUUACCUUCAUAUAACACCUUGUGUCACAGUGCAUAUCACAAAACCAGGAUGUCCUCUGAGAUAGAAACUUCUGCUGAUAUCCGUAAUGGUUUUAAAGCAUGCAGGUGAAUUUUUAUUAGGGCAUUGGACUGUUUUUAAUGGAACGAGUAAUCUUGGAUGGUUUCCUGUUUCGGCCUGGUGUGACUUUGCCGACUUGCAGAAUACUUGUGGGAGGGAAUUGGAAAGAGUUCGCUCAGUAAUUGAUCCAGGUCUGAUCACAGAGCACUUAAAUGUUAAAAGAAAUAUGCAAGAAGGAUGAGUGUCGCUUUAUAGUUUGUGUCAUUGGCUUUAGCCAGGUGCAUAGUGUAGAGUGCAAUAUUUUUCACUGGCUGGAGCAGUGACAGCUAUGAAUGUAUUUUGAUACAUAUUUCUGUAUGAAGCAGGGACACCUGCUGCACCCAUUUUGAGUUUAAUGGUAUGUAAAUCCAGUCAGUGCUUGCAUGGCAAUGCAAAUAUAGUUUGCAUAUACAAUUGAACUUCACAUGUUUUUGUUCCAGCUGAUGAUGAUCUGUACAACUGGUACAUAAGUUUUGUUUUCUUUUUGUUCCCUUCGUAUUUUGAAUUUAUAAAUGUAAAUGUUGAAGAUGGAUAUAGAUAAAACUGAAUAUCUGUUGGGAUAGAAAAUCUGAUUCAACCACUCAUGAUCUUACAUAAGUUUUAAAGGUCUUAACUUAAAACUUUUAAUUGUCGUAUAUUUUUCUGCCCAAGCGUUUAUUUUUGAGUUAAAGCAGGAGUUGUACAGUAUGUGUAGUGAAAAGGGGGGUAGGGCUUUUGUUAUAUUUCUGUUACCCACACAAUUUUUUAUUGUUGAAUUAAUAGGUUAUUGCGCAAAAAUUCCUUUUCAAUUUGUAUUCCGACAUUUCUGUUGCAAACAGAAAUCCUAUAGAAGUGCCUUUUAGGUACAAUUUGUUGAAUAAAGAUACAUUUCUUUA